AUGUCCACUCUCGCUGCCGAACUCCACCACUCAAGGUCGCAUUCCGACUCCACCAACACCAAGUCCAGCGCCUACUACCGGAUGUCCAGGCCCCGGUCUGAGGAGUGCACUCUGAUCCACGAUUCCCAGCUCAAAAGGUCGUUUGCAGAGAUGUCCGACUCGUUCACGCUGGUGUCCGAAUCGGCGUCCACUCCAUCUGCGAAACGGUCCAGAACAGCCCCAUCGUCCCCGGUUCCCGAGACCCCAAAACUCAACUUUGCCGACCUGCCACUCACUCCUCCCUCCAACAGCGUCGUUCUGGCCUCGCUGUCGAUCUCCACACCGCUCUCAGCGUCCCGACAUACCCUGGCACAAUCCCCAGCGACGCCUCCUGCCUCGAGCUCCAGCUCGCCCCACCAGCUGCCUCUGCCGCUUAAACCGUCGACCAAGCUGCGUUCGUUCGAGGCCGAGUCCUGUUUCUACUUCCCAGAUACCUGCUACUCCUUCAACUUGCUCGGAUCGGCUGCACCAGAAAGCAACGUGCGCGGGUGUCUGCUCGAACAGCAGAACGAGGAGUGGAGAGACUUCUACUCCAACAAGUGCAAGCACGAAAACACAGAACUCUUCAAAAAAUACAGAGAAUACUGCACCUCGAUGAGGCUGAAACCUUCAAAAGCCUUAUCCAAAGUGUCCAAGCCGCCCCGCGCAAAGAAACCUGCCAAGAUUGCCGCAUUUGUCGAGUCCCAGUACCAGAAAUUUAACGGCCUCGUCGACUACCCGUACUCUAAUAAUUACACCUACCAGGCUGGUAGUCUGAAGGACAUGGAGGUGCUCUCGCCGUCCGCCAAGCCAUCCUCACAGGGCCCGAAACAGAGCAAAGUCGCCGAAUCCGCCGACAGCUUCAAGCUGCCACCGACGCCUUCGUCCAUGUUGAUGUCGGCCAAGCACGACCACCGCGACUACGCACGAGUCGGCAUCUCCAAAUUCAUCAACACCUCGCUCGACGCCCCCGCCUCGCACCAGACCCACCUUCGCACCACGGCCAACGUCUCUCACGAAGCCGCGCACACACCAGCCGCUGCACACUACACAGGCGCCACGCGCAAGUGCAUCUCGUGCCACUCGACCCAGUCGCCCUGCUGGAGACCGUCCUGGUCCUCCUCCGAGGGCCAGCUGUGCAACUCUUGCGGCCUGCGCUACAAAAAGAUCCACGCGAGAUGUCUCAACUUGCAGUGUCUGCGCAUCCCGGCCAAGGGCGAGUGGACGCUCAUGAAGAACAAGGGCAAGGUGCUGAUCAAUGACCACUACGCAUACCGCUGUCUCCAUUGCGACGGUGAGGUCGAGGUUGACGAAUAG